UUAGGAAUGUUAAAAUUUUUGAAGAAGGAAUUCAAGUUAAAGAUACAACUCUCACCUGGGAAGAAUAUUCAAAAUUAGAAAGAAGAUUCCAACAGACUCACUAUCAAAGUUCUCAAUGGACUUUUGACUGGAGAG